AUGGAUUGGUCGGAUCGUGCCCCCCUGUGGCUUCUCCUUUCUUCGUCGUGGCUUCUGCUGUUGGGGUACUGCACUGGCCAGUCGGCGCAAGGGCCGCACGGCUCCUUCCGAGUGUCUAGCUUCAGCUUCCCAGACAGGAAGCUGGGCCCUUACGAGUGGAGUUACGCACGAGGUAUGCUUUCUACGGGCAUGCUCUCCUCUCCCGUUCUCCCUCCCACCCUCGCCCAACGCUGAGUCUUUUUCAAUCUAUGGAUGUAUGUGAUACGUGAAGUUUUGUAUUUAUGUCAUCUAGUCGGGAAUUGAGGGACGAUGGGUUACGCUUGUUAUCGUUCCGAUAACUUGUUGUGCAAUUUUGGCAGAAGUUGCCGAAGAGGGGAAGUUGUCGAAUUCUCUGGGUCUGUGAUUCGACACUGUAAUUAUUGGUUUUCCUUUUAAUCUCUCAUACUAAUGUAGGGGGGGAGAGAGAGAGAGAGAGAGAGAGAGAGAGAGCAUGAGGAUGGAGAUCAAAUAUGGCACUAGCAACAUACCGUCCGGCUGUUAAUUACAUCCGGGCGUGUUCUUCACUAAGAUCCACUCAGUUAUCUUUUAUUGGUUUAUACUUUUAUUCGCAAUCAUUUUUAAUAGCUUAUCAAUUCUUCUUUUUUGGGUAUUUUCUCUUUCCAUUUCUCAUCUCCUGCACUCUUUUCCCUCUUUAAAGCCUACUCUCUCUCUCCUCUCUGUCUCUCUCUCUUUCUUCCUGCAAGGAGAGAAUCGAGAAAUUUCAUGGCUUAUGUAUCCACUUGGUCUGCCGUUUCACAUUAUGGUGCAUCUAAGGAACUUGACUGUAGGAUUGGCAUUGAAGGCGCCACGACAAUAGUGAUUAACAUGGGUUAUAAGGGGAUCUGUAAGGAGUCCUCUUGCGCAUUCAGAAACUAUCGAACUGGGAUGCUGCAAAAGACUUGCAACCGCACGCACCGCAUAUUAGACUUCGAAGUUACCCUGAGUUCUCUAUUUUCAGAUAUUCUCAUUUUUCUAUGUACUACUUGAAAAUGUAGAAAUUUUUUACUUUAUGUUGACAGAACUUUGGUGACUUAUCUCAAUGAUCUUGAGGUUGGAGAGUUGAUUGCAAGGUUCUGUAAUGAGAGAGGAUUUAUUCUGGAAUUUUGAUGGGCUUUGGUCUUUGGAUGAUUUGCAACCUUCACAUAGACUUUUCGUACGUCGAAUAGAGUUUAUUAAGAAUCUACUUGGAUUAAUGGAUUUCUUUUCUCGUGUUCUUCACUAAAGGUUUCCUCUUAUGAAUUCCUAAUUAGCUAGUGUUAACCAUGCACAUCACUUGAUAUGUUAACCAUGCUUAGUGUUGUUUAUUGAGUAGACUGAUAUUCAAUGCUUAUGGCAGUGGAGCUGCCCCCUUGGUUCUCAUCUAUGACCAUGAGAUUCAUCUCUAAUGUUGACCUUGUAAGUACACUUCCUCAUUUUAGUGACUUAGUUAUUCUUGUUGAUCAAUUUCAGUUAGAUUGACUGUAAAUCCUUUGUUUCUUGUUGCUAGAUGCUCAUAGAUAGUUUGAUGUGUAAUAUUAUCUCAUAAAUCAACAACUGAUGGAUGUAAAGCAUUGUGUUUGAUCAUUUAAGUUUACUAUGAGAUGGAGCUUUGUAGUGUGGUGCCCUUGUUUAGGCAAUGGGAGGCCGUGACAUUUGUCUAUUUGUGCACAUGUGUAUGUCACUAUUGUGCCAAGUCAUGCAAGAGGAUGACAAGUUGUGGCACAAUGGUGGUGUGGCUACAAGUUGUAGCAUGCUCUUGUCUCAUGGUAGGGGUUGUGGGUGCCUUAGUGACUAGCAAUGUAGUGCUAUCAAACAAGUAGCCAGCAUGUGGGAUUGAGAGAAAUAAUAUGUGUCAAAUAGGGUCAAAUUAGGCUGUAAAUCCACUCAUGAUUCUUCAUUGACACAAUCUUUUAGUUGAUAUCAGCCAUUGACUAAGCUAGACUUUGUAGGGGUCUAGUUUAACCUUAUGGGCCUGGUAUUAAUAUGUAGGCUUCAAUUGGGCUUUAUUGAUGUGGCUUGGGCUAUCAAGAUUCCUACUUUCAAAUUCAAUUGAGGGGGUCUUUUUGAGAUGAUAACAGUACACUACAUGAAUUCCUUGUAUUUACUUUAUGUACCUUUUGGCAAUGUGGUAUUAUUCCUCAUAUUUACAUUCCAACUUAUUUGACCUUUUGCUUUUCUUACUUAGUGCCACCUUUUUAAAAACUCUCGUCUACUACAAGACUUUCAAUAUUUCUUUCAAUAGCAUUGAACUUCUAAUGCUAUCAUUAUCAUCAAAAUAUCUUGGAUGCUAUUUACUUUUUACUCUAUUUUCAUUUCAUUAGUUUGUCUUAUCAAGUGUAACAAAUUUAUGUUUUGCCUUUGAUCCCUUGACAUGAUAAUCAAAUUUUCCAUAAUCUUGAUAAUAAAACUACUUUUUGUUAUUUUAUUUCUCAAACUAUUUUGAUACCUCCUAUUUACAGGAUAGUGAUAAGGUGAAUAAGCUUCCCAAGAGUGAGAUGCCCAUCAUGUGUUUUCGACAUAGUGGCCCACCACUUCCAGAUGUAUCAGACACAUCAUUGACAUAUUUACAUAUGCUUUUAAAUAUUUCUCUAUUUUCAAGUCACACGUUCCAUAUUAUUUUUGUCAACAUUUGAGAUAUUCAUGUUCUCAUCUACUCUACAAGAUGUGCAUCAAAACAACCUUCAUAUUUUGAUUUGAGGGAUUUAUAUAUCAAAAAAUGUCCAUUGCAUUGGAUAUGGGUGAGGUCUAAAUUAGAUUCUUAGGUGAUUUUAUUUCGGCUAAACUUUAUAAAUCAAUGAUGAAUGUUCUUCUACAAUUAAAUUUAAAUAAUGAUCUUACUUUGUGAGGAAUCAAAUUGGCGAGUGGCCACCAUUAAAAAAAAUGUUAAAUUUUGCAAGAGAGAGAAAAAAUUUGUAGGAGAAGAGUUGAAUUGAUUUUUUAAUCAUGAAGAGUGAUGAUUAAUUAUUUUUUUUUGUGAUAAAAGUAUCACUAGUGUAUGAAAUGAUAUAACAUCAUGAUCUUUCUUGUGAAUUAUUAGCAUGAAUGUUUUAAAUAAUCUUAAUCAUAAAAAUAUUUAAAAUUACUUAAAAAUGCAUGGUUAAAUGCACUGAAAAUCCUAUAAUGAAUGUUUUAAUGUGUUGCCACUUAAGAAAUUGAUUAUUUCUCUUUGCAUGGAUACAUGUAAACAACUAGUCAUAUGAAUGAAAGUUACACUUUGAUUAAGUUUAUGAGCUUGAUGCAUGUGCUCAUUAUCUAGAUAAAUACAAAUGUGAAUUUGGACUUAUACAUUAUUCCUUCUUAAUAUUAUAAAUGAUACUAAUCUCGAUAAAUUGUCUCUUACUUUGUGUGCAAUUCUUUUUAGUUGUGCACAACCUUAUAAGUGUGUAAGAUAGUUGAAGUCCAGAUUGAUCUUCAGUCAUUAAUAUUUUAGUUGUCAAUUAGGUAAAUUAUUCUUCUUUUUUGCAGCUUUGAAAAUUGCUUUUAAUGGAUCUCUCUAAGGUGUAAAAAUUCUUCAAAGUGUUGAUUGGUGCCUUCCAUUUCAAAGAAAUAUUACAGUGACAUUUACAAGUGAAUUGGUUUUCAUAAAGUUUUUCCAUAGUACUGUAUUAAAUAUAGAAAUAUUUAAAUAUUUUAGAAUUUGUUUGUGUUCUAUUUUAAAAAUUGAGGGAUAUGAUUAUAUAUAAGCGAGAAGAGUGCAUAAUAUUCAAAGAAAUAAUCUUGGUUUGUUGUAAUAUGGUAAUUGAAUAUAAUUUCAGCUAUCAUUUAUAGGCAUUCUAUUUUAAUUUCUAUAUGAAUUUUUUUAGUUCCAACUUAUGUGGGAUUAACUCAAUUUUUUUUCCAACCUUGGUGCUUUAUUUGUAUGAUCACGUAAUGACUUAGAUUUAUUUGUAUAUUUUAUUUUGAUGAAAUUUUUAUAACCUAAUUUUUAGACAUGUAAAUCUAACAUAAAAUGAGUUAAACAUAUUUGGUCUGAUUGAACAAUAUACUAUAGUUUUAACGUUGAUCAUAUUACAAGAUAUAAUGUAGUAUAAUAUUUGAGGACCUACAUAUUGAUACAAUAACAACUCCAACUUUUAUUACAUUUUUAUUCAUUAUAUUAAUACAAGUUCUUUGGUUGUGUUAAUUAUUUAUGUGAAUUUUAUCAAUUUUAACUUACGGGAUGAUACUUCUCUACAUUGUUUAGAUGUCUCCAGGAAUAUGGUAUGUUGGAUAUUUCAAUAGACUUGGACUUGUAAGAACACAAUCAAAGAUGGUAUAUUUACUUUUAAGUCCUUAAAAAUAUGCUCGAUUCAUUUAUCACCCUAAAAUAUGUAGAUUAAGCAUACUAAACUAUAUUAAUCUUAUCAUAUUACUAAUAAGAUGGGUAUAGUACGAUCACACGAGGUCAUAUAUAUAUAUUCAGCACCACCUUGAGCAUAGAAGGGUGUAGUAUGUCAACAAUAUGGGGUUCAUAUUGUAACCAGACAAUUACUUCACUCUUUUGUAAUUUACUAACAUUUAUAGGCAUUCAAGAAAAAAAUUGGAUGUCAUGUAUUCUGGUGUUGGAAAUAUUAACGCUAUUCACAAUGAUAAAGAUAGUAUUUCUUAUUAUUAUUAUUCAAAACAUAUAAGACAUUUUUCUGGUCAUAAAAAAGUAGAUUGACUUUUGAAGAGAAGAAUAAGGCAUCAUAUCUCGAUCAAUUGAUAAAUGAUGAAAAGUUUAUGUUGUGCAAUGAUUCAAUGGAGGCUCAAUGUCUUGGAUAUGGUGACAUAAAGUUUUACUCUUUGGAUGUAGUGGAUCCAACAUCACAAUUUAAAAUUAUAGUUGAAAAAGUCAAACAUGUUGGAACAACUUUACUAAAUAAAUCAAUGAAUGCUGGUAGAAUUCUUCUUCUUGAUUAUGCUCGGUAUAAUGUGAUGCAAAAUAAAGAAUUUUAUGACUUUUCAACUAUCAUAAGUGAUACUCAUUUGGUUGUUCAAUUAUCAAAAAUCAGUCGCUGGUAUUUAAGAGUUAGAGUGGUUAAUAAGAUAGAGGUAAAUGGAGAAUUUCAAGAAUCAUAUUUUAAUACAUCAUUAUGCUUUUGUCCAUUGGAAAGUUCAGAUAUGUCCUUUUAGAAAGAUUGGAUCGAGUUGCACUAGACUUCUCCAAUCAUUAUAAGUGAGUUUUUUUUACUUGAUAUAUUGAUCUAAGGCAUAGAAAAAUGUGUCAAUAUAACUUUGAAUUUGCUUGGCAAAAGAUCACAUAACCUUGUUCAACUUAUUGAUUAUUGUUUUUUAGCAUCUAUUAAAAUGAUCUAAGUAUAAUCAAGACUUAACUAGGAUGAUGAACCUUGACCCAAAGUUGAUGUUAUUCACAUUUCACAAUCUUACUUUUUUACUUUUUUACUUAUGAUUAACUUAAGAAAAACAUAUUUAGGCUUUAAUUAAUUAUUAAAAAACUAAUAACCUUUUAGUUUAUGUGACAUAAUUUAAUAUUCUUGUUUGAUACCUUAACAUAUUUCUUUAUAUGUUGCAAUUCAAGGUUGUAAUAUAAUACUUUUGUCAUGCUAUUGCUUCUAAAAUGAUUCAUUGAAACCUUGGUAGUUCAUUAUCUCUAUUUAGAAAAAUAGACUAAAAUUUUACUCAUUUGUCUACGACAUGAUAUCCACCAAUGUUAUUGAAUGGGUGUCAAUAAAUUACUCUUAGAGCAUUCAUCUCUAACUUGCUCAUACUUGGUCAUAUCAUAACCUACUUAGUUUAUUUUAGUCUUACUCAACAAUAAGGCUUAACAUCUGGCUCAAAUGAGAUCCCAUAACUUUAACUUUUAGCUUCAUGGAUGUUACAUGUAUAUUAUAUUUUACUUUAAAAUAGAGAUAGAAUUUGAAUCUCGUAAAUAAGUAAAGAUUUUAUGUUUCUUUUCGCUUGAAGAAUUGCACAUAUCAUAUCUACAUGGUACAUCAUUUGUGAAAUUUGUCAUUUUAAUGAAAGAAUAACUUUACAUUUAUUUUUAUGUUUCUUUAAAAUAUUAAAUUAUAGCCUUUUUAUAGUUGCAUGUUUUAUUUUUGAAAUAAUCAUCAUCUCUUGAUGAAUUAUGACCCUCCUCCUAAGAUGUCUGACAUGCUUGGUCACAAAAACUUACUAUAGAUUCAAAAUCUUAUAUUGUUAUGAAUGAAAAUACUUGAGAAUGUCAAUAAAAGUCUCUUUUAUUUCUUCUAAUACUCUUCAAACAUCAUCUACAUUCAUGGAAAAGAAAAAUAUAAUUUAUCACUAUGUAAUUUUUUUUAAAAUUACAUAGUAAUGUUAAGAUGAAAUUAUUUUUCAUUUAUUUUAAAAUACUAGAAGGCACCCAAUUCUUAAUAGAUUUAAUUACACCAAAUAUUUCUCUAUUCUUCUUCAUGCUCAUAUCUUUUCUUCUGGAUUUAUGAUAUAGAGUAACAUUAUAUGUACAUCAUAUGUCAUGAACCAAAUAAAAUGUGUAAUUUGAGUAAGUAGACAUGAUUCAUUUGUGAUAGGAAUUACACAUAAGUUUUUCCUUUAUUUUGUGAAUUCUUGACAUCCCUUUAGUUUGUCAUGACUAAAUCUUUCUUUAUAUGUUCAAAUAUAAAAUAUUUUGGUUUAGCACGGUAGUCAUCAUUAACACUAAGACUAUUUGUCAAAUUUAAUUUUAUAUAUUUUUUCUUGAUGAAUUUCUUGAAUGCAUUAGUAUUUCUUGUUCAAUUAUUAUUAUAUAUGAUUGAUGGUAUUGAUAGAUCUUUAUAUUUGAAGUCAACAAUAUGAUUCAUUAUUAUUGAAAUAUUUUCUUAAUUCUUAUGCGCACAUCCACUUCAAUAAUUAAACAUAUCAUUAUUCAUUUGAUUGAUUACUUAUUUUUGAACUAUUGUGAUCUUUUACAUAUUUUCUAUUUUCCUUCUCGAUCUUAUUAUUUGUUAAUCGGAAUGUCUUUAAAGUUAGAAAAGUUUCAUUUGGAACCACUUCUAAGCAAUUAUACUAUUAAUGCAAGAACAAGCAUUACAUGGACUUACUUUCUUCUAGAAAUUCCACAAGGUGCUACUAGGUCAAAUUUACAUAUUCAAUUAGUGUCAAAAAAAAAAAUGGAUUACAAAAUUUUCAUAAAAUUUGGUGGGAUGCCAUCUGAUGAUAAUUGGGACCAUUAUGCAAAUAUCACAGAUGGUGGGAAUGGUUCUAUGAUGUUGCUGUCUAAAAAUAAUGAAGAUAUGAUAGACUUCUAUAUUUUGUAUGCUAGAGAAGGACUUUGGGGAUUUAGAAUAAAGAAGAAUUCAUAUAAGAGUCAUCACGAGCUUUAGACUAUGAUGUCCAUCACAUUAGAGUCAUGCCAAAGAAGUUGUUCCUCACAUGGGAGUUAUCAUUCUUCUAUGGAUGAAACUAGAUUUUCAUCUUACAGGUUACUACUUUUCCAUCAUAUUCAUUUGAAAUUCUACUAUUACCACAACAUAAUUGACAACAUCAUGAAGUAAUCAAAUUAAUUUUUUUUAUUCUAUUAGUUUCUUGUUUUCAUUUUAGUCUAACUUCUAGUUCCUCAACUAACUUUUGUCAAUGUGAUCAUGACCAUGGAGGCUUUGAUUGCAGCAAUAAACUUGUCUCACAUCAAGGUAUCUUUAUUUAAUCUUUAAAAUUAAUCUUAUCACCAAAAAUUCUGUAGAUAUAUUAUAUUUUUUGAGUAGAAUACAACACUACUAUAAUUGUCCUAGUAAAAUGAAAGUGGUAGAGAUUCAUUUUUUUUCUUUAUUAUCAAUCCACAUGUUUGGUUAGAGGUUAGGGUUGGAGAUCCUCAAACUUGAUAUAUUUGAUGACUAUCAACUAAAAAGGUUUGAUACCUAGUAAAAUGAAUUGGUUAUUUAUUUGAUUAUCAUUUCACUUGGAACAAUUUAUAAUGCCAAAACUUUAGUUUCAUUUCAUCAAUAUUGUCUUAUGUUUAAAGCAUAUAGAGUUACCAUGUCGAAUGUUACCACUUUGACUUUAAGACAUAUAGAUCAUCACUUUGAAUGUUACCAUGCUGAUCUUUGCUUGGAAUAAACUUUUGUAUGUGUGUCAAAUCAUCAAACAAAAUUCAACAAUCAAGAAAGAAAUAGAAAAAAAGGAGGAAAGAAAAAGAUAGUAAAAUUGAACUAAGAUCAUAAAGCACAAACAUGUAUAUAAUAACAAACCUAUGGUAACUCUACAUCUAAAAGGAAAUAGUCCACAUGUUGAAAGAUUGAUAUGAAAUCUUGAAAGAUGUAUGUAAUGUAUAUCUAUUUGGUAAUGUGUCUUUAGGAAGAUAAAAAGUUAAUGAUUGAGCUUUAGAUAAUAUGAAUAUUAGUGCAUGAAGAAUGUUAAUCGCAUGAUAACUUGGUGCCAAAGGAAGAUAUAAUAAAGUUAAGAGCUCCCAAUGAUCAUAAUAUAUUGGUGUAUGGUAAUUAUAUGGGCAAAUAGUACAAAACUAAUUUACGAUUCGGUGAGCAAACACAUACUAUCAAGAAGUCUUUAAAUGUCUUAUUGAAUGUACAUUCUCACUAAAGCACAUUCAUCUUGAUGUUUAGUGGAAUAACAAUUAUUCAUUAAUAUAGCAUCUAACUCAAGUGGCAACAAGAGUUUCUAUUCUAUUUUUAUUUUAAACACAUGUAAUUCUCGACAUAUAUUAUUGAGUUAUCUCUAAGUUGAGUCAUCUUCAGUCCUUUUCAUUUCAUUGUAGUAACUAUCUUACUAUUCUAAAGUCCCAUGUUAAGGGAAGGGGGAUGAGAGAGAGGGAAAGAGAGGAAAUUUGAGAGAUCAAAAAACAGGUUUUACAUCUUCCCUCGUAAAGUAAAUAACUGUUUACAUUUACAUUAACACCUCUGAGUUGUCUCACAUUUAUUCAUAGUAAAUAUUUUAUUUUAAGUAAUCAUCUUAUAAUAGUAUACUAUAAUAGGACUAAGCUUUAUAAAAUUUCAUAGGACAUGUUUGGCAAUCUAUUUUUCUUAUUGCAUCAAAUGUGGCAGCUAUAUUUCCUACUUUUUGGGCUCUUCGGCAGAAGGUACCUUUUUGUUUAUUACAUCUGACCAAAUGUAUUGUAAAUAAGGAUUGAUAGCAUGCCUAUGAGGUGUUAUGUGAAAUACUUAAAAACACUAAAAAUGGUGUUACACUUGUUUUAGGUUGAAGUUUUCAUUUAUUCUUUAGUAAAUGACACAACAAAUGAAUACCUUUCGUGGAAAGCGGAAAUUUACUUCUCUUUAUGAUUUAUAUUAAGGGAUCGAUGAAUAUUAGUUUUUUCUAUAAACAAUUUCUCUUGAGCCUAGCGCUUUGAAUAGUUUUCUAUUUAUAUUGUUAGACAAUAUAUAUAUGAUAACUCUAUAAUUGGCAUGUACACAUGCACACCCUUAGUGUCCAUUGCAUUUAAUGAUUUUAUGCUUGUUGCAAGUUGGGGCUUUAAAUACUUUCCAUAAUUUCUUUAUGGUCACUUUUCACCGCUUGCCAAUAAGGAUAGUUUAGGUUGUCAUUAUAGAAACUAGAUAACAAUCUUUCACCAUAUUUUUUCACUUAACAUGGUUUCCACCAUUUUCUUCAUGGACGAUAGUUGAAACUUCGUUUUGAUCUAAAUCAUAAAAAGCUCUUAGUUUUACAAUUUGAAAUAAUGGAUUUCACAUAAAAAAAUAUAAGUUUGAUAAUUCAAUCAGAACUAUAGAUAUCCUAACAUUAUUUUAUUUGUCUCUAUUAUUUCAGAUUGAGUAAUUUUAUUUUGUCUCUAGUUUCUUUCUACUUAUCCACAACUAGUUCUGGUUCUUGCUCAUUUGUAAUAGUGCUCGUCAUAUAUUCUUAGUCGAUUUCCUACACUUAUCCAUUUAGUCGCAAGUUUCUUGGCAUUUUACAUGGAAUUAUUUAACCAUUACUUGGCAUCCAUCUAUCUGGUAUUAAAAACUUCACUUUUGAGGUGACAAUAUGUAUAAAUGACAAAAGCUAUUUCAGGCUUUCUCUUCGAUAUUUUGAAUCGAAUCCCAUAUUUAAUCACUUAAUUUAUACUUGUCAUUUAGAAAAAUAAUUAUUUCUAUGAUGUUCGUACUAACUUCAUCUUGUUUACUCAUGCACUUGCUGAAUGGCUGCUUUUCACUGCUAGUGGAAUUUCUAGCGGGUUGUAUCAUGCAUGUGACGUAGGCACUUGGUGUGCUCUGUCUUUCCAUAUCUUACAGGUACUACAACUUGAAUAUCUCAAAUGCAAGAUGUUUCAAAGCUUGGUUGUUAGGAAAAUAUUACAUGCGUUAUAUGAGGCUUAGUGAACUAUAUGCUCAUUUAAGUUAAGCAUAGUGUAACUAAUUUUAGUAAAUUGGAAGCAGAAGGGUAACUCUUACAUGGUAGGCAACGAAUCUGCUGAUAAUUCCUCAAGAACUAGGAUUGUGGUCAACUAAGAUCCAUUAUGUCCCUAUUGUAAUUAAUCUUUGGACAAUGCUGAAUAUGAGAAAUGUACACCACCUCAUAAGAAAAAACUCGUCGUAAAAAGAAGUUGGGAUGCAAUCAUUCGUCAAGUAUCAUAUACAAGCUGGUCCUCUAGUGAGUAGGAUGCACAUUUAUUCAAUUAGUUUCUCUUGUCUCGUGUAUUAUAAGUAGCUGGAAAUUCUGCAAUCAUUCCGAUAGAGCUUUCAAGUUGAUGGCUUUCAAGGGUUAAUCGACCACAUAAUGCUUACAGACCAGACCACUAACACAUGUUUGAACUCUACCACCUCCAGUUCAUGGACUUCUGGCUUUCUUUUAUGGCCGCAGUGAGCACCUUCGUCUCCCUAGCUUCAACCGGCGAGGCGUCAAAGAGAACAAUUCAGAUGUGCGUCUCAAUUGUCACGGCCCUUUUGGCCGCCACUGGUGCAACUAGUUCGGACAUUGGGUGCCCCUAAUCCUAUGAACUUUUUUCAUUUAUUUUCCUAUUCUUAGUAGUGGUCAAGUCAACGUAUUCUUAGUCUUUCCCCAGGUCAGUCAACAUCAUUAUUGUCAUAGCAAUUGGGACUGUCGGGCUUCUCUUUGGAUGGAUUCUAAAGCUCCCUAAGCACAGAAUAGGUAUCUCCUCCUUGCGCGGAUGCGGCCUGAGCAUCCAAGAAAGGUAUCACAGCAUCGUGUGAGGUUUCAACAUGGAAGCAAUAUCUGUCCCUUCUGUGGAUACCUUGCAGCGGCAAUUCAUGAUCCUUCAAACAAAGUUUCAUCUGAUCUUCUGCAGAUGGCAGAGCAGCGGGCCGCUGCUGUCUAAUCUUCUGCAAGCGCUGCGGAGAAGGUUUCACUGGAGCUUCCUAUUAAUGGGUUUCCUCUUGUUGGGCGCCGCCGGAGGAAGCUGGAUGCUGGAGAACCACGAAAGCUACUUGAUUUGGCACAGGUAUGUUGCAUAUUCUCGCCCAGGAAGACGAUGACCCACCAUGGUUGUUAAAUCCAUGCUCUGAAGAAGAUGUUUGACUGCAGCUUAUGGCACGUCACCAUAUACACGUCUUCCUUCUUCUUCCUCUGCUCCGUCAGAAGCAGCGAUGGGGACUAG